UUUGUGACCAAGUCCUGCCCAGAUGGUUAUUAUUGGAACGUUACAGAGUGUAUAAAGGAUGAUGGAACCUGCAAUGGCAACUCAACGUGCAACGAGUAUGAGAUGAAGGCGAAUCCAUCUGAUUGCGCCGGAUACCUGCAGUGCAUAAAUGGCAAUUUUGUUGCCAGGGAGUGUCCCGCUACUCAGUUUUUCAAUACCACACUGCUUGAGUGUGAGGUCGACACGAAUAACGUGUGCAUCCCCAAAAAUUGCGAUCCCGAUUGCUGCGAUGUACUCAACAAUUCCAUCUGGCCAGUGCUGAAAAAUUGCUCCGCCUUCUUCCAGUGUGUGGAUGGCAAGAAGUACGAGCAGAGAUGCCCCAACAAUUUGCAGUUUAAUAAUGUAACGGAGCAGUGCGAUUUCCCGGAAAAUGUUCAAUGCGAAGAUGGAAAUGGCCCGCCAAGUGGUCCGAAUGCCGGACCCUCGGGAACCUCCUGCGAUCAGCCUGGACAAUGCCAGAAUCAGAAAGACGGAACCUUCUUCCCCAAGGCCAAAGGAACCUGCAGUUCCGCAUAUGUCGUGUGCCAGUGCGAAUGUGAGGUCAACCUUAGCUGUAUCUCUGGAUUGCUUUUUAAUAGUAAGAUAAAUUCUUGCGAUUGGCCCGAUAAUUCUCAAGAUUGUCCCACUUCUCCAGGAACGGAUGCCUCCUUUUGCCAAUCCUUAUCGAAUGGAUUUUAUAAAUAUCCCUAUGACUGCAGCGCAUAUGUAUCAUGCGAUGAUUCAUGCGCUGACUUAGAGUACUGCCCUGGUGGUAAACUUUUCAACAGUCCUCUGCACAUUUGCGAUACCCCAGAAGCCGUGGACUGCGAUCCAUUGCCAUAUCCAAAACCUCCAUUUGCGGAAAAUCCUUGUGAAAGCUUUCCAAACAACACUUUACUGCCUUCAGCUGAGCAUUGCAAUGAGUUCUACGUGUGCGUGAAUGAGCAAAGUCAAGUAUAUCAAUGCCCCGUCGAGUUGCUUUUCAAUCCGGAUUUAAAGAUUUGUGACACUAAGGACAAUGUGUUGUGCUACGGCGAUCGUACUACUGAAUAUCCGCUAGAAACCACACCGACUACUGAGGAGUCGUCCUUCACGAAGUGCGAGGGCCAAAAGCAAGGAACCUCCUUUCCGGAUACCCAAAAUUGCCAGCAAUACUACUACUGCUGGGGCAACAAUUCCUACAUAGUUCUUCCCUGUCCCGUUGACAAUUGGUUCAAUCCGCUCAGCGGCAAUUGCGGACCCGAUAUUUCACCAGAAGCUUGCCGAGAAGUUGUACCCACUCCUACUCCCAUUGUAACGACAACCUUACCAUCAACAACCGUUGAGCCAACAUCAACGGAAGGCUAUGAAGUAAAUCCCUGUGCUGAUCAACAACUGGGGACCAGCUUUCCCUUGCCCACCGACUGCCAGUCAUACCUUUUAUGCCUUAAUAAUGGCCAAUCGACUACGGCAAAGUGUCCAACGAAUGCCUGGUUCGAUCCAAAAACCGGGGAUUGUGGGCCAAAUGUAUCGCCCACCGCUUGCCGUGAAUCGUUGGCAACUACCACGAAUGCACCCACAACUCAGGGUACGAAUAAUCCCUGUGCUGAUCAGGAAUUGGGGGUCUCUUAUCCCCUGGUAACGAAUUGCCAACAGUAUAUUCUGUGCAUGGGAAACGGAGAGUCCAACGUGGCCAAUUGCAUUUAUAACGCUUGGUAUGAUCCCAAGACAGGCAAUUGUGGACCUGAAGUGAAUCCGACAGCGUGUAAAGAAAACGGAGUUACCACUGAAACCACCACAAGUCAGGCCACCACUCCACUCACAACACCUUCGCCCACUUUAUCUACUUCUGAACCCACGGAAAUUACAACCACUACUUCUCCGGAUAUCUCAGGCAUUUGUUUUGGACAGACUGAUGGAUAUUACGCGCAGUAUCCAGAGGACUGCGGGAAGUAUAUAGUGUGUGCCAGUCCCGUUCCCAUAGCUUUUUACUGUCCGGAGAACUUGUUCUUCAACGAGGCUAAUCAGAAGUGCGUUGAAUGGGAACUAAGCGAUUGUCCAGCGGAAGAUACGACCACUUCAUCGCCUGGACUUACGACGCCGAAUCCAGUUUCUUCAAUCUGCUUCAAUAAUACCGGUAAUAAUUUGCCCUACCAAGAAAAUUGUCAAUGGUUUAUACGAUGCACAGACGACUCCUCGUACAUGAUGGGCAUAUGUGGCAGUGGGCAAUUUUUCGAUCCCUGGACUGGCAAAUGUGGGGCGAAUGUCUCUCCGGAAGCCUGUCGGGAAAUCUACACCACUGUGGUUACAGAGACCACGGAAGAAACCACAACUCCGAUUAUAACCCCGAGUACGCCAAGGCCGAAUACAGAUCCCUGUGAAGGAGUUCCAGAGGGCAAACUGGUUCCCUAUCCGGAGGACUGCACCAAGUUUAUACAGUGCAUUGAACCCAACCCUAUUGUGUAUAAUUGCCGCGAGGGUCAGGAGUUCAGUGCCUCCCUGGAAAGAUGCAUGGCUCCGUGGUAUGCUAACUGUUCUAUUCCAGCUACUACUACCCCUGGCAUACCCAGCACCACGACCACCCCUAUAACAACACCUUCACCGGACGGCCUUUGUGCGGAGAAAGCUGAUGGAUCACUGGUUCCCUAUCCCAGGAACUGCAGCAAGUAUAUAGUUUGUCAGGAUCCCAUCCCAGUCGGUUAUGCCUGUCCAGAGGAUCAGGAGUUCAGUCCCACGGUUCUCAACUGCAUGGAACCUCAGCUGGCGGGCUGCAAUGUUUCAAGUCUUUCCCUUUGGCAGUCCUUCAAAGCGAUUGCCAGUUUUGUUAUAGAUUUUUAA